AUGCCAGAAUUGGGCCUUGUUGGGCAGAAUAUGAUUGCAAACCGAUCUGAGAGGCUUGGGCAUGCAUUCAUCCUUUUGCGGCUGCUCCCGGCGCCACAGCAUUCGCAAGUAAGCGAGACUGGCCCGAUUAAGCGGUCAGAGCAGUGCCUGGUAGUGCGUCUUUUACAAAAUGCCCAAAUAGAAUCAUGCUUGACUCAACGAGACAACCUGGGAGGUGUCACUCCGAGUUGUCUAUUAAUUCGGCUCACCUUAAAAAUAUCAUUACUAAAACUAGAAAUGCGUUCUACCACAAGUUAUCAUGUUUCUUCUCCCAACUAUCUUAUUCUCCUUAACCUUUUUUCCAGAUGUUUUAUACUUCCUCAUGACAAUGAGCUUGGUCAGGCGUUACACGGACUCCUCAAUUCCGUUCACCUCAUGGCUGGCUGCAUUAGUCGCGGCACAUGGAUGAAUCCCGGUAGGCCAACAAUGGUCAUCACCGUUUCUGCCCCUAGUGAUCUUAGCGUGGGCUCACUCGGCCCGGACACUAGGUCUUCGAUGGCAGCACCCGUCACAUCUGUUCCCGAGUCUGAGAGCUGGGCUCGGCUAGUGGCUGCUUUCGCAGAGUUCCGAGCACACGCACGCUUCCUCCGCCGACGGGCUGAUAGUCUAUUUGGCUCAUCGGCAUCGCCCCCAGGUGCCUUUGAGGCCAUGCUUUCCUCACAGCCAGUGGCGUCUUCCAGCCCUCUUAGCCACCUAGUCUGUGCUCUGGGCUUGAACGAUUUUUAUGCCACACCAGCGAGCCUCCCGCCCCUCCCGGACCUACUUUACUCCUUCCUUUCUGGCACGCUUCCAGGCGGCUCGAAGCAUCUACCUGCGCUUCCAAUCGCAGGGACUCGGCGAGAUUUAGGUUCCAACGAGACACUCAUCUUUGGGGCUGCAUGA